AUGAAUGCUAACAAAGAUGAAGCCCAAAAGUGCAUUCUUAUAGCUAGAAGACGAUUGUCGGUGGGUGAACGUGACGCGGCGAGGAAAUUUCUUUUAAAAGCUUUGAAACUUGACCCACAUAUCACUUACGAAGGUCUGGAAUUCUUGAUACGGCCCAGGUCCCGAUCAUCUAGUGUAAGAGAAGGGUCACAAGAAUCUCAGGGUUCACCUGAACGCACCUCGGAGUCCAGUAAAGGAAGGCAAUCGGGAAAAGAGUAUACGAAGACCCAAGCGGAUUCCCUUAAGAAAGUACUUAGCUGUAAAGACUAUUACGAGAUCCUUGGAGUAUCUCGGACUGCGUCAGAUGAAGAAAUCAAGAAAGCAUAUAGAAUCCUUGCGUUAAAAUUCCACCCGGACAAAAAUAGUACUCCAGGAGCAGCUGAAGCCUUUAAAAAGAUCAAGAAAGCUUCCGAAGUCCUUAUGGAUACAGAAAAAAGACAACGAUAUGACCAGUUCGGUGCCGAUGAGGAGCAAGUGAGGUCUGCACAAGUUCAUAGACAUGGCGACACAUUCUUCCAGAAUGAUGCUGACGUAUUCACCAUGUUUUUCAAUGGAGGAUUCCCAUUCGCGCAAGUAUACCGGGAUCAUCGACAUACACGGCAGAGGUCCCGCGAGUCAGAACGUGAAAGUAACUACUUUGUCUACAUUCAGCUGGUACCACUUAUUAUCUUAUUUGGCCUAUCAUUCUUCAGCAAUCUUUUCGUGAAAGACCCGUACUUUAGUUUAACUAAAUCAAACAAAUACUACAUAGAGCGACAAACUGGUACUCACAAACUACCCUAUUUUGUUAAAAAGACAUUCGAACAAGAUUUCUCUGGGAAUAUUGUUCAUUUGGAGAAUCAAGUAGAAGAAGAAUAUAUUAGCAAUCUUAGGUUUAGGUGCUUCCGUGAAAAGGAUUACAAAGAAAAUCUUCUAUUCCGUGCAAGCAGUCUGUUUGAUAUACCAUUUCUUUCAAAUGCUUUUGACAGACCGCCUAAACAAUCCUUUUUCUUUUGGACACCUUGCUCAAUUGUCCACUUUUCGUUCCAACAGCAUCACACUGAAUUUAGGGAAGUUGUGUGCAAUCAAUUAUUAAAAUACCGUAUAAGUAUAAGUGAUUUCAAUUUUCUAAACUUGCAUGUUAAAUUUAUAAAGUGGUUCGGUUUUUUGAUACGAACUAUUAGUGUUGAAUUCGCCCUUAAAGCAAGUAGACUUUUUGGAUUGUCAGGCGCUGUCGUACGUGAAUAUUGUGUGCAUCCUAAUAAGUCUACUUCCUGCAGUAGUAGCCGAGAGUCAUUGAACAACACUGAAUGUUUAUGGCGAUCUUUUUUCUAUGUGCCUGGCGAUCGAAUGAAAAUGCUUAAUAAAAUGGCCGAAUACCAUAGAGAAGCAGCUUCUUUAUCGUACCACAUUCCUGAUUUAGUUGUUCUUGACUGUGAAGAUGCUGUUGCUGUCGAUAGCAAGCCCGUUGCUCGAAAUACAAUUGCGCAAGCUAUAACUUCUACAAAUGGUGGACUUUUCAAGACAUUUCGUGAGACACUGAGAAGACAACUGGUUGUACGUAUUAAUGGAAGAGAGACUUCUUUCGCUAUAGAUGAUUUAACGACAAUCCUGAAUGCUGCCGUUGAUUCUGCAGUCUCAAGGGAGUCCAAGUGGCCAGGACCAGAUAUGAUAUGUCUUCCGAAAGUUGAAGAUAUUGAUGAUUUGAUAUGGUUGAACCACUCGAUAAAUGAAGUACUUCGUAAAAGUACAUUGUCGUUUUAUCCAUCUAUUGGUCUAAUUGCGUUGAUUGAAUCGUGCAAAGCUGUACUGAACUUACCAGAGAUCUGUGAACAGGCCAAGGCAUUUAAACAUCCUCUUAAAUGUAUUGUUUUCGGCUCAGAUGAUUAUUGUGUCAGUCUAGGUGUCGACAGAAGUGAUGAUAACACAGAACUAUCUUAUCCUAGACAAUACAUUCCAGUUGUUGCUAGAGCACAUAACCUCGCUGCUAUUGAUAUGGUAAACAUAGAUUUUAAAGGCCAAUUGUGA